AUGUCGGCUUGCUUGCAGACGGAGAUCGGUCAAAAGGUGGUUGCGAUUUGUUCGUAUUGCUGGCCCGACGACUGGAUCCAGUCACUCACUGCUGUCUGGAAAUGCUCUCUCACCAAAGCCAACGGAUCCGAGCCUGUCAGAAUUGCAGCCGGAGGAAAAAGAGAUGUGAGUUUUGAUGUGAUGCUCCGCGGCGAACGAAGAAUCCGGGACGAAGCCGCAGUGCUCGCUAUGCUCCCAAACCAUGGCAACUUGUAUCUAUCCUGCCUUUACGAAGAAACCCGGCCCGAGAAAGGGCUACAAGAGAAGAAUACAGACCCUCAGCCGCCCCAAGAAACACAAGCUUCGGGCUCAACACUCGACAAUGGCGAAUGGGAAGACAAUUGGUCGCAAGAUGCCCUGGGGCAGAUGAGCUGGUCUCAGUCCUCCUUCUCCCAAGACACGCUUCAUCCCCUCUCGAGCCUGGAUCCUACACUCGAGGCUGCAGCAUCGGCAUUGGCGACGGCCACCGAAUCUCUGCCUUGGCAACAGCCGUGGAGCAAUUCCCCCAGACAAGAUCCUCCUCCUCUUCCUCCAAAGGCACUCAUCAUUCACCUGUUAAAUGUCUACUUUGACCAUGUUCAUCCGCAGAUCCGCCUCCUUCACCAACCGAGCUUUGUCGGCCGAGUGGAAAGUGGCUCGUACGCGUUGGACGAGCAGGCAACGCUGAUCCUGUCAAGCAUGUUUUCUUUGGCGGCCAGAUAUUCGGAUCAUCCUGAAGUCGACCUUUUCGACCGCAUGCUGCUGCGCCAGGCGCCAGGUAGCUACGGCAGCCAAGAUGACGGCCACUACAAGAGCCGAAAGCGAUGGGAGCGCGGUCAAGGGUUUCUCAGUCAGGCAUACCGGCUGCUCAUGAAUGAAACCUCGAGAAUGGACAAGCUGGAGCUUGAAAGCGGCGGGAUGCAGAGACCCUCGAUUACCGUCGUGCAAGCUGCCGCCAUUAUUACCUUUGCACAAAUGGGAAUCGGACUCGGUGGUCGAACGUAUUCAUUAUUAACAACUACGGUGCGAUUAGCUCUUGAUUGCGGCCUGGAUCAGGUCGAUUACAACAACGAAACAAUGUUCACGUCGAGAGCCAGCGAUUCAGAUCCUUGCAAAUCCAUAUGGGUCAAGAAAGAAGAGCUACGGCGCACCUGGUGGGUCAUUGCGUAUCUGGAGAACUUCAUCUGCGUAACCAAGGACAGACCGCGCAUGAUUGAUUGGGGGAAAUGCAAGACAAAGCUUCCCUGCGACGACAAGGACUGGUUCCAAGGGCGUCACUGCCCAUCGGACUUCCUACCAGCGAGCCUCGAUGAUUUGCGAGCCUCUCUGACAGUACGGCCUCAGCUCUCCAUCUUGGCACAUCGGAUCAGAACAAUGCAUCUCGGCGCAAAGAUGCUCGAGGAGGCGAUGAAUGAUGAUGACGCUCUCGAAUCAAACGACAUUCUCACAAAAAUCGACGAGUGUGCUACGUUUUACAAACAGAACAUGCCCAUGGAAUCGAAGACGGGAGAUGCUGGGCAUCGCAUCCUGUCCCGUCUCAGCAGCCUCGCCGCUGACCUAAAAUGCAGUGUCUUUACCAUCUCCAGCAAGAUUCGAUGCUUCAAACAUGCAACGCCCUCUGACAUCUUUACCAUCUGUCACGACUUGUCCCGCCAGCGACGACAGGGCAGCGACAAUGGCACAUCACCCGAGGCCAAAGCGUUUUCACGGGCGCUGUCCGCAUCCGAGACCGUUUGCUCCAUUCUUCGAGACUCGUCGGCCGACGAUGUGCCGCGCUGCUGUCCUUACCUUGCCUCUGUUCUAUGGGUGCCCGCGUGCCUCCAAUUGCUCGUCAAGCUAUUCACCCGAGCUGAUCCGGAACUGGCAGAGAGGGCGUCGCUUUCCUUGCAAAUCUUGACCAUGACCCUAGAACGGUUUGCAGAGUUCUCGGGCCUUGGCCAAUUUGUCUUGAAUUCUUUCCGGCGGUACGAAAAGAAGCUGAGUGACCUUGAAUGGGCAGACAGCAAACCGGGCGACGACGACCAUUGGAUCGUGUCCCGCAUCUUGUUCUUUCCAGACCACAUCAACGCCUUGUCACUGAAGGAGGCGACGUCAAUCAACCAUGCAGAAGCGCUAAUAGAUCCCGCUCUCGCUCUUUACCAAGAACCCGACGCACGAUUCAGCAUAGGGGAAGACGUUAUCGUUCAAGAUGGGAUGGACAACUUUGACUACAUUACCAAAGACUCGAAUUGGAUCUGGUCAGAAGGCUUUGCUGGAUUUUGA